UCAAGACUGAUUGAAGAGUGAGUGAUUUCUAGAGAUGAACAAGUUCGUCGCUUUGUUGAUUGCGGCCCUGGCCUGCCUGGCCUCGGUUUCUGCCCAAUGUCCGGCCAUCCGUACCCGUGCCCAGUGGGGAGCUCGUGCUGCCAACACUGCCGUGCUGCCAAUUCGUCCAGCCCCGUGGGUUGUUGUGCACCACACUGCCGGAGUCACCUGUACCUCUCAGGCCGCUUGCGAUACCCAGAUGGUUAACAUCCAGAACUUCCACAUGAACACCAACGGAUGGGCCGAUAUCGGUUACAACUUCUGCAUCGGACACGGAAUCGUCUACGAGGGUCGUGGCUGGGGACGUCAGGGAGCUCACGCUCCAGGAUUCAACGAUCGCUCGGUCGGUCUGUGCUUCUUGGGAACUCACACCGCCACUCUGCCCACUCAGGCUUCCCUCAACGCUGCUCACUCGUUCAUCUCCUGCGGAGUCUCCCUGGGACACAUCGCCAGCAACUACUGGGUCAUUGGACACCGACAGGCUGUUGCCACCGCUUGCCCCGGAGAUGCUCUGUUCAACAAUGUCCGCACCUGGCCACGAUUCAACCCGAUCUAAGUGAUACGAUUAAACGCGAGAGCUCUGAAUAAAUGUUAAGUUUUUAUGUAAAAA